AUGGAGACCAUUUCGUUGGCCGAAAACCAGCAGCCCACCAUCCAGCCGGACGGAACUCCCAUCAUGAAUACGGCAGAGUGGGAAAAGUCGACUUGUAUCUCGAGCGUAGACAGACUAUCGGAUUCGAAGGGUACACCACCUCCAUCUAAUGGUAUACCACAUUGGGGAGAGAAGACUUCCUACCCUCCACCGCUUACGAACUCCGGCGAGGAAAGUUCGUCGGCAUCACGAAAGUCUCAGAUCGUACACGGAUUUUAUCAAGAUAUCUGGAGACUCCUGGCAACAUUGGGCCUGUUUAUUGCCAUUAUUGUCAUCUUGAGAACUCGAAACGGCAAACUUGAACCAAAUUGGCGGCAUAUUAAUCUGAGUGCGCUCAUUGCGGUAUUGGCCACAUUCCUGAGAGCGAGCAUGGUAGCAGUCGUGUCGGAAGCGAUGAGUCAACUGAAAUGGACCUGGUUCUCACAACCACGGAAUUUGCGGGAUUUAGAUUAUUUCGAUCAAGCAAGUCGGGGUGUGUGGGGUUCAGUGAGACUUAUUACGGCUUAUCAAAAACUACAUCCUGUACUUCUCGGCGCAAUCAUCACCAUCUUGUCUUUUGGCAUUGGCCCUUUCGGACAACAAGCGAUUAAAUCAGUAGCCUGCCAAAUCCCCAUGGAGGGCAUUAAUGCCACUAUUCCAAUCAUCCAUAAUUACACAAACGGGGAAAUUUUCAGAGAUAUAACUGAAAUUGGGACAUUUAUGAUAAGCCACGGAAGCAAAGGCGCCUUAGUCAGUGCAUUUGCAAAUCCAGGUGGUAAUACUUCCAGAAUCAUAGCUGAUUGUCCCAGCGGCAAUUGUACCUUUCCAAGCUUUGGGGGGAUUACACAUUCAUCCAUGGGUAUCUGUAGUAGAUGCAAAGACAUCACGUCAGAUAUUACAGAAGGUGGCGGUCUUCCCGGACCUGACUAUUACUACGCCGAUGGCAUGGUCAACGUUUAUAACUACAGUUUACCAAGUAAUACUACACUUUACAUUGCUGAGAGAGGUACCGGAGAUUGGCUGAGCGUCAAUACCUCUUUGGCAACAGAGCCCACGUUCGGGGCUUGGGAAGAACCAUACAACAGCAGUGCCCUGACUUCGACUGAUGUUCUAGCCUUUACUGCCAGGACAUGUCGACAGACCAUGAAUACCACGAGGGGUGGUCAAAGUAUGGUCGCGCUUACUUGUAAUCACGUUCGGCCGGAGCUGAAAACCCUCAAGUACGACAUGGAUGUGAUUGCGUCUCAGUGUGUUCUCUAUCCCUGCAUCAAGAAGUACCACGCGAGCAUAACAGCGGGAAUUCUUUCCGAAGAAGUCGUCUCAACAGUUCCAGCACGCCAAUCUCCUGAAGGCCAUUUUGAAGCUGUCCAGAUCCCAUGUUUCAUCGAUGAUCAACAAUAUGACUACUCCAACUUCUCUCAAGUUUCCCAUCUUAAUCACACAUUUGUCGCUUACAAUCGAACCGAUGUACUAGGAUCGGAGUAUAAGAUCCCUACCGAAUGCUUUUACCAGAUGGACAUGGGAUAUGCUCGUGGCCUUACGCAGUUUCUCAGACCAGCCAUAAGGGGCUCUGGCCACGCGGAUCGCUACUCUUCGCGAAGUGCAUGGGGCGAAGCCAACAAUAUCACCGACAAUGUCGUUUUCAAAGCCGCUUGGUGGCUACCAUCUCUGUAUAAUAAGGGAAACUCGACGCUGGAAAGCGUUUCUUCAGUAUUUGACAGUGUUGGGACUGCUUACACGAAUUACAUGCGUACAUCAAGCGUCACUAAUGAAGGCAGAUUUGAGUUCCAGAACAGGGGGCAGGUGGGAGAGUUUGUCUAUGGGACUAACUACCGGACGGGUGUAUGCAUCAAAUUCGACUGGAAGUGGCUACUUUUCCCCGCAGUUCUACUCUUCGGAACUCUGAUCUUGUUUCUGCACACCAUCCUCAUCACGUACAUGGAUCCACAGCGACUACCAGUCUGGAGAUCCUCUCUGCUACCUUUGCUCUAUUAUCGUCUCAACGCAAGCAAUGAACCCGGACGCCAUAACACUUUCGAGAAUAAUCCAGGAUCGAUGGCCAAAGGACAUGUUCUUGAGAAGGACGAGCUCCAGAAAUUUGCUUCGAAGCAUGUUGUGACGUUUACUAGGACUGAGACUGGCGCGGGUUUUAAAGACGUCGAUACUUGGAGGCAUGAAGCCUAG